UGUGUUACAACAUUUCAGGAAUUGGCGGAGUUUUUAAAUUUGUGCUCUCCAAUUUUUGGGACGAUAUCGCGUGUGCCGGUAUGCUGUUGGCGCAGCAGCUGGACUGUGGAAGUCUCACCCCAGGGAACUGUAAAAAGCUAGAUGAGCUAGAUGCCAAGAGAGCUCAGAUCACCGCCAAGGUCAACGCGACAUUAGAGCGCGAGGUCUACUGGUCCGUGCUAAACUAUACCAACGACGAAGCCAUUGAUUACAUCAGCAAGAUCAGCAAGGAGCUCGAAGUCAUCGCAAGCUCGAACAUUCGGCUCAUGGAGAUUCUGCGAACCAUCAGCGUCGUCGAGGAGAAUGAGACGGUAUACGUUCCCGAUAAUAAUGACGAAGUAGUUGAGCAGCAGAUACGAUUCAGGGCAAACCUCACAGAGUUCAUAAACGGCAUGAGGGCCACGACAGAGGAACUGGAAUCGGAAAUCGCCGAUUAUUAUAAGAAAGAUUUUGCUAUGCUUGCAAUGAUGACCUUGAUUCCCAUCCUGGCUAUGCACACAGGUUUGAUCACGACUACGGCAAGAACAUGGGCGCUUAGCCAGUCUCAGAAUUACCAAGUCGUAGAAUUAGUCGGGGCAAGAGGCUCGUAUCAACUCGCGUAUGAUAAAAAUGGGAAAAUGUUCAUCGUCCAACAGGAGCCAGGCAAUCUAGGAAAACUGAAAGUCUACGCCAAGCUCAGCGAAACUGGUAAGGUUGGGUCAUUUUGGAAGUUCAUGAUGCCAGCGGGCCAGAGUGCGGCUACGAAGUCCUUUUUGGAAUCCGUUGACUACAAUCGGGCUAAACAAGUAGCCAGUUUGAUGAGGCUGGAACCUGACUACCUGCAGAAAUUGAAGUCGUCGGGCCAUCUCCCGGCUUUUCUGAGAUCAACCGAUGGGCUGACCACACAGCAGUUUGACGAGUUUGUCGAAACCGCUAAAACCAAAGACCCGAAGGUGAUGUUUAGCGCCGAGUUUGCGGACACAACCAUGCCAAAAUGGAUGAGUCAAACAUUAAGCAUUUUCGACCCAAGUGAUAUAGCGGCUGUGGACGCGUACAACAAGCUGAAAGCGGCUAGCCCAGACCUACUGGCAGAUCUGGAGAAAAAAGGGAAACUUGGCGCCUUUAUCUCGCAGUCCAAAGGUCUGGUAGGUGACGAUUUCAACGAAUACAUGAAUAAAGUCAAGCAAGCAAACCUUGAAGUUGACGGCUUGAAGAAUUUCGACUUCGAUGCACCCGCCAAAAGUGUAAAAUCGUUUAGCUGGGAGAAAAUUAAGUCUGGCUGGGCGUCCAUUGCGAACAAACAACUGUUUGAUUUCCAAGGAAGGAAGAUCAAAGUCAGUACCUUUGUUAAUAUGGCCAACAUCGGUUCUUUGCUUAACGUCGGGCUGUGCAUAUACAUUGCCGCAGAAAGCAGCAUUACAGUGGACGAACAAGUCGAAGAAAUUGAAAGGCGGGUCAACAAAGCCUCCGACGAGAUCGAUGAAAAGAUGGCCGAAUUGGAAGUCCUGAUAACCGACGAAGAGAAUUACUUUGAUACAGUGAAAAAUAACUUCUAUGAUAUCGUCAGCAUGUUUGAUGUGAGCGAGGACUCCACCGGAAUCGCCGCCGACCCGGACUGCCAAGAUUCCCUCUGCAUUUUCUUAAGAGACGCUGCCGAGUUGAACCCAAUAAAGAACUACAUCGCCGCUUGGCCGAACGCUUCCAUCACCAACGAGACCAUUUUGCACGCCCAGGCCUACUUCCUGAGUAACCUCACGGAAUCCAAGUACCAAAUGGUCCAGCUAUACCGAGUGGCCGAGAUGGUGGCACAAGUCAUGAUCUGGGUCCAAAGCGACGAGUCCAUUGACCAGAUGAUGGCAAACGCGGUCACGCUUUCCAAACCAUUCGACUCCAAAUACGACCUACUCCGCCUCAUUGCCCUGGCGUUCCCUGAUAGAGACGAGUAUACUGGGUAUCCACUGAAAUGCAUCCGCAGCGGAAGCAUAACAAGCGAAGCGGAGCUAGAUACGUGGAUGACCAGUAACCAGGUUAAGACGAUAGACCCCGACGUCACCGACUACAUUUCAUCUGGAGUUGAUUUUGACCAAUCUGUUAGCGCAAUUGUUGGAAAGUUGGUCACUAAGUAUCCAACGGGUUGUGGUGGCGGGGAAUGCACCACUGAAGACGUCCUUAAGGAAAUCGCCGUGAAUGUUCUUCCCAAUGCCGACUCGUACGACGGCGUUGAUCUUGCUCCUUACAGAGUCGUUACGAUCACCUGUCCUGCGGAAACUACUACUACAACUACAACCACUACGCCACCAAGUCCAACAAUAUCCGAAGAGCUACUGCAGCGCAUAAGAGACAUGUUCAAAAAUAUAAGGCUUCCAACGUUCCCAAGUUUUUCUUGGGGUCGAAAAUAAUUCGAUAGAUGUCAAAUAUCUUUUAGAAUAAGACCUACGUAUUUGUAUACAAAGAGCUUACAUAUUACAAACAUGUCAAGUUCAUCAUGCGGUGACGUUUAGGCAUUUGAUACAGAUUGUUCAAAUUUGCAAGUU